CCUGAAAACGGCGUUCAACUGGAUAUUUUAUGCCUUUUCUGGCUAUUUGGAAAGCGAGCAAGUAAGUAUAUUUUUUCCACAUCGAGUCUGCAUGUCAAUGUACAGUAAAUGUGUAAAUAUUAGGCUGAUAAUAAGUGCGGUGCGGUGCAGUGCAGUGCAGUGUAGUACAGUUUCUCCCAAUGUAAAAUAACUGCAUGUAUAGAAACGAAAUAUGUAUGACAUAUUUCCAUAAGGACAACAUUAACAGAAUAUUUCCUUAUGUCAAACCUUCCAACAACGCCAACGGAAUAUAAUAUUUUGCCAUAGGCCAUAGCAUGCAAUCACGAAUGUUAUAUAUAGUAUAUGUCGAGUGUAAGCGUUCUUAAAUUGAAUGCUGAGUAUGUAAUAACGUGUUUUUUAUAUAUAGGUACUGAUAUUGUGGGAUAGAGUUCUUGGAUACAACUCAUUGGAGAUACUUGCUGGUAAGAACUGCUGGUGACGAGAGGCAAAUCAUUCGAAUCUCGGACGGUUUUUCAGAAAUUUUCAAAAACUCUAUAAUUGAUAUAUUUCCUUCGCAACAUCACAGAAUGAUAUUUCUUGUUAAAUUUAUAGACAAUUCAAAACUGUCGAUUACAGUGCAUUUAUAUCCUAAUUUGUAUAUUGGUUAUUCCUGCAUGAAAUUUGCAUUGUAUACCAUACUGUAUCACAAGAAUUGUUGCGUUCGUGGUGAUAUACCUACAGUAUGCUUUUCCUAGUCGUCAUGAGGAUAUUAUCCAGUUUGAUUCAACUUUGAGUGUUCACGUGAAUUCCAUGCAUUUAUAUAUUAACUUUCUUCAUCUCUGUCCUUUGCAGUGUUAGCUCACUCAAUAUUUGCAUUUCGUGGUAAAAACCUGCUUGGCGUGACAUCGGCGCAAGGUGCUGAGGUAUGUCGUGUGAUAGGCCCUUUGAAUCGUAAUUAUGACUGUAGAGCAUGGAGUAUACAAUGGGAUUUAUAGAGCAACAAAGUAUAGUGCAUUCCGCUUGCUCUCUAGACUACAGUUAUAUACGAAGUGAUUAAUUUAAUUUGCCCUAUAACUGGAAAGAGCCUAUUAAUCGUCAGUGUUUGUAUUUAAGUAACUUGAAACUGAAUUAUUUUCACUGAUGUACCAGAAAACAGUCUCUUGUACGUUAUCAUUAGUUUAAAAAUUGGUGUAAUUUUCAUCGACCAUUCGACGUGAGCUCUAAUCAAGACCACUUUGACUCCUAGCCUGCAGUCCAGUGUUUUUAAGUACAUAUCAGACAGUGAUUUGAGGUUCUGUCUUGUUUACCAUUCGCGUUUUCCCCAGUAGAAUGAAUAUAACUGGAACGCUACCUUGAGAUAAACUACCUAUCUUUUUCUUAAUAUGCCUCGCGAUUCUUUCGGGAGACUAGUUCAGGGAGCGAGCAUGCCGCGCUAUUAUUAGAAAAAAAUAAUAAUAAAAGUGAAGUCUAUUGAUAAGUCUUACCUGAAUAAUGACAGAAAGCUUUGAGCACUGUAAAAAACCUUUUAUAGUAAAAUUUAAGCCGGUUUUCAAUAAUAAAUAUUGAUGUAUUGUUGACGAAUUGACCGCGCUCUUCGCAUACGUGAAAAGACUGGGACUAGCCUUCAAGUUUGGCUUCAAUUUUCCGGGUUGAGGUAGCGUUCCAGUUAUAUUAAUUUAACUGGUUUUUCCUGGCGAGCUACGUCAUCAACGCUUAAAGCUGCAUGCACUUACAUUUGAUAUUAUAUGAGUUUUUGGCCAACCGAACUUUAUUCCCUCAGGGAGGACUGCAACCAGAAAAAAAUGCGUCAGAAAACUGGGUUCUGGCUGGCAACGGGUAAAAACAAGCGAAACCUGAUUUGGUUUAGUCUCAUGGUGUUUCCUUUUUCCCAACAUUUAUAGGCAGUCCUGAAUGACAUAACUGACAUCAAAGUG